CCGGGCAUCUGCGGAAGUGGAGACCCGUGGGCGGGCGGCUGAUACAGGACUGAAGGCUGUGGAACUGUAAUUUGUGCGACAUCAGGUGGCUUUUUUGGAAGCUGACAUUUAUGAUUCCAGAAAUUUGAGGCAGAUAGGAAACCCCCUCUGAGAGUUUACCAGAACUCUCCAACAACAAAUUGCAUCAUGGACGACAAGCUGGACCCUCUCCGAGACGAUCUGCCUCUCAUGGCCAACACCAGCCACAUUCUUGUGAAGCACUACGUAUUGGAUUUGGACGUACAUUUUGAAACUCGCACCAUUGAGGGCUCCAUUGUGCUUUUUUUUGAGCCUGGAAACAGACCCAGGAAACCAAGUAGUCCCUCUGAGGAAGCUGUCCCAUCGAAGUCAAACAAAAGCCAUGAAUUUAGGACACCAGAACCCUGCCAUGCUCCUGUGACAAACACAAGGACCUUCUCAUAUAAAACAGGAUGUAAUGAUUUUGAAAUCUGUGGUAAAGGUAAAAAAGAGACUUUUUCUGAUAGAGAUGGUAACCAUGACAACCAGCAACAGACUUCUGGGAUUUCUGGUUCAAAGUGCUGCUGUGACACAGGGCAUCAUGGGAGUGCGGAUUUUGUGCUGGUGUUGGACUGCUGUGAUUUGUCUGUUUUAAAGGUUGAGGAGGUGGAUGUUGCUGCUGUGGCAGGUAUUGAAAGAUUGACAAGGUCUCCUCAGCUUGUUUCUGAGGAGCGCAGGAAUUGGAUUAUCCGUGAACUCAUGUCUCUGCCUGCAGAUCGUUGGAGGGAGCAGUUAGACUAUUAUGCUCACUGCAGCCAGGCUCCUGGCUGUGGGGAGCUCCUGUUUGCCACCGACAUGUGGAGCUUGCAGAUCAGGAAGACAGGGGUACCGACAGCGACUGAUUUUCCUCGUGCCAUAAGGAUCUGGUACAGAACCAAACCUGAGGGGAGAUCUGUUACCUGGACCUCAGACCAGAGUGGCAGGCCGUGUGUUUAUACUAUGGGAUCCCCCAUAAACAACAGGGCCCUUUUUCCAUGCCAGGAGCCACCCGUUGCCAUGUCAACAUGGCAGGCUACAGUCCGAGCAGCUGCAUCUCUUGUUGUUUUAAUGAGUGGGGAAAAUUCUGCCAAGCCAACACAGCUUCGGGAAGGAUGCUCAAGCUGGCACUACUACGUUACCAUGCCGAUGCCAGCCUCCACCUUCACAAUUGCAGUGGGAUCUUGGGCAGAAAUUCAUCCAGGGGCCUGCUCAUCAAAUGAUGUGGCCACGGAAACAGCCUACCCAUCCAAGGCUGACUUCAGCUAUACUGCUGUCUGUGGUCACCUGGACUAUCCCUGCCGCUUCCAGAAUGCUUCCGCUACCACUCAGAACGUCAUUCCUCAUCGGGUCUUCGCCCCAGUGUGUCUCAGAGACGUCUGUCAAGAGACCCUUCUGCGACUGGCUCCCCAUUGCCUCUCUGCAGCGCAUUCUAUUCUGGGAACUCACCCGUUCUCCAGGCUGGACGUACUCAUCAUCCCUGCCAACUUCCCGAGUCUGGGCAUGGCCAGCCCACACCUCAUCUUCCUCUCCCAGAGUGCUUUGACUGGAAGCAGCCACCUCUGCGGGACCCGGCUGUGCCAUGAGAUUGCUCACUCCUGGUUUGGUCUGGCCAUCGGGGCCCGAGACUGGACUGAGGAGUGGCUCAGUGAAGGGUUUGCCACUUACUUGGAAGACGUCUUUUGGGCUGAAGCACAACAGCUGGCCCCACUGGAGGCCCAGGAGCAACAAGAGCUGCGGGCCUGCUUGCGCUGGCGCCGCCUCCAAGAAGAGGUGCAGAACUCAGCAGAAGAGUUGCAAGUGCUCAGACCAAACAAAGAGAAAACUGGGCACACAAGUGAUGUGGGAGCAUCUGUUAUCAGACAUGGACUCAAUCCAGAGAAGACUUUCAUGCAGGUUCACUAUUUAAAGGGCUAUUUCCUUCUUCGAUUCCUUGCCAAAAGAGUUGGAGAGGAAAUCUAUUUUUCAUGUUUAAGGACGUUUGUGCACACAUUUCAUGGACAGUUGAUUCUUUCCCAGGAUUUCCUUCGAAUGCUGUUGGAGUACAUCCCAGAAGGAAAAAGGCUUGAGUUGUCUGUUGAAAACAUUUUCCAAGACUGGCUCGAGAGCUCCGGAAUACCGCAGCCCCUGACAAGAGAGAGAAAGGCCCUCAAGGAUGGAUUGAAGCAGCAAGUAGUAACUCAGAUCACGAAAUGGAUUCGCGUGAACCGGAGACCCAGUAAACGAAAACGAAGAGAGAAGAGGGAAGUGUUUGAAAAGCUUCUUCCAGACCAGCUGGUCUUACUCCUGGAGCACCUCUUGGAGCAGAAGUCCCUGCACCCGAGAACCCUGCAAAGUCUCCAGCGGACAUACAAUCUCCCCAAGCAGGAUGCAGAGGUUCGCCAUCGGUGGUGUGAGCUCAUUGUCAAGCACAAGUACACACGAGGCUACGGACAGGUGGAGGACUUCCUGCAGGGGGACCAGGGCAUGGGCGUCUACCUCUAUGGGGAGCUGAUGGUGAGUGAGGACUCAGAGCAGCAACAACUGGCCCGCAGGUGCUUCGAGCUGACCAGGGCGCAGAUGGACAGAGCCUCUGCCCAGGUGGUGGCUGAGAUGCUGUUUUGAAGAGGAAAGACCACACAGAGAUUCUCUUUCAUACGUCUACCCCCAGCCCUGAUGGGAGCAGGUUGCACUGACCCUGGACAUUCAAGGAAGGAUUGUGUGACUGCUAAAGCCAUCAGCCACGCUGCUGUCAUGGGUCCCUCCUGCCCAGAGGCUGCUUCAAGCAAGCACUUCAAAUCCACGGCACCAGCUCCCACUUGGGCUGUGGGGGCUUGGCCCCCGCCCGGGACUUGCAUCUUGAGAUUUCACAUGUGAACGGGAUCUCUUUUGAGUUGGGGCAUUGCUUUCACGUACAUGAUGGAAGAUUGCGGAGACAGGUCCCAAAACCUGCUGAAGAUUUCUCAUUGAGCCCCGCAGCCUGGAGCGCCAAGUGGGUGUGUGUCACGCCCCUGGCCCAGGGUCAGUGCAACAGAGGGAUUCUGCAGCAUUCGCUCGAACGUUGGAGACAUGAGUUUCUAUGGUACUAGUACAUAUUUAGAAACGGGCAGGCAUUAAAGGUGAAGUGUACCUUUU